UCCUAAUUUAAUACUAAAGAAUUGCAACAUCGACAAUAUUCAUUUCCACAAGGAACUUCAACGUAAACAAAUUCAUUUUAAUAAAACUCUUUUGCAUCGAUACGAUAGUCAGUCAGCCUUUAACCGCGCGCGAAUAGAGUCGUCAGAAAUCAGAGAAUUGCUUCAUAUAAUUCUUUGUAUUUUCUAUAAUAAAGUGUUUUUAUCGUAGUUAAUUAAAAAGUGUUUUUUUUUAAAAAAGACUGAUACCAGCCGCUCCUAACAAAAUUGGUGUCAGAAGUGGGAUGCUUGAGGAGAUUCUAGUCAAGAGAGCCCUCAGCAUCUAAAAGAAUCCAGGAACGGCACCCCAUCAGUCGUGGUCGACGAUAAGUCUCAUCCCAUAGGAGAGCCCGCACCACAGCACCCUACGAAAAACGCAUCGUGAUCGACGGUCAGUCUCCGCUCUAUGCGUGAGCCCGCAUCAUUAUAGAAUAUUAAUCGUGAUCGACGGUCAGCCUCCGCUCUGUGCGUGAGCCCGCAUCACUACAUCAUCUGCAACGUGGUCAACAGUAUAUCUCCGUUUUGUUAUUAUGUCAUGGAGCACUCGCCGAAUCGCAAGUCACCCCAAUUAUACACAGUCCUGGUCUUUAUUUUGACCCUACGACGAAUAUUUAUUUCUAUAAUGAUUAUUGGAAAGUAGUAACUCAUGUCGAUAUUCACUCGAUAGAACCUCAUCUUAACAAUAUAGACAAACUCAUCGUACAAACUUCUCUUCUCUGUACAAAAAUCCAACAUGAAGAUUACUCAAACUGUAAGGAUAUCUUCAGUCCUAUAGAAGUCUUAUUAGAAUCGAACUACGUCAAAAGUCAUUCUCUGUCUCAUAUUAUCUCUCAAGAUGUUCCAUCUCGCUUCAAAAGGUCACUCGAAUUUGGAGGCGAAAUACUUAAAUUUCUCUUUGGCACCCUCGACGCUGAUGAUGCGCGAAAAUACGAUUCCGCCAUUAACUCGUUUCAAAAUAAUGAACAUGAAAUCUUCAAUCUCAUGAAAGAAAAUAUUCAUGUAGUUAAAUCAUCAAUAACUUCUUUUAACUCAACUAUUAGUAAAUUGAAUCAAAACGAAUUAAAAUUAAACUCACAAAUUGACAAACUAAACGAAAUCUUAUCUUCCACUGUAAGAAGUAAUAAUAAUCUAAUUUAUACUUCACGACUUAACAUUUUUAUAAACAUUAUUGAAGGAUCGUUAUUGACUAUUUCUAACUUCUUAGACUCUAUCAUUAAUGCAAUUUUAUUUGCGAAGGUAAAUGUAUUACACCCUUCUAUUUUAAGUCCUACUAAUCUUUUUAAUGAACUGUCUAAACGAAGCAGUUCUGUAGAUAAUAAACUGGACUUCCCAGUUCCUUUAAACUUAGAUAAUAUACAUACCCUUAUGGAUGUAUCUAAACUAAUUUCUUAUUAUUAUAAUAAUAAAAUAAUUUUUAUUAUACAAAUUCCUCUUAUAUCUCCUAUUAAGUAUGUUGUUUAUAAAACGAUUCCAUUGCCAACUCCUCAUGAAAAAACAAAUCCUAAUACUUUUGCUCUAAUUACCCCUACUAAAUCUUAUAUUGCGUUAACAGAUGAUAGAUCACAUUACUCUUUAUUAGAUAACAUGCAACAAUGCUCUGUGUUAAAUAAUGAGUAUUCUAUUUGCCCAUUAGAAAACAUAUUCUCUAGUGUUACAAAUCCAUGUUGUGAAACUAAGCUAUUAACGGAAGUAACCUUAUCUCUUCCUGAUGAAUGUAAUUCUAAAAUGUUAUAUGGUCUUAUUGAUAUAUGGCAAAAACUUAAAAAUAAUAGAUGGAUAUUUGUUCAAUCUAAAACUAGCAAAUUAACUUUGAAGUGUAAUAACGAAAUGAAGGAUUAUUCUAUUUCUGGAACCGGUAUCUUAACUCUAGAAGAAAAUUGUAUUGGUUUUUCUAAGACUAUACGGUUGGAACCGUCCACUGUAACCAACAUAGCUAUCAAUAAUUAUUUUAAUAUUGAUUUUGACAUCAUUCAAGAUGAUUGUUGUAAAAAGGAUAAUGUAAACAAGUCGAUUCCUCUUUUAUCUCCUUUAACUCUUAGUAAUAUUGACUUAGAUUCUCUAAAACAUUCAUACAAACAACUUGACGAUCUUGAACGUGACAUCCACAGGAUAAAAAACGAAUCGCACUUUACUAAAUAUGCACAUUAUUAUUCUUCGUUUUCUAUUUUUUGUAUUUGUCUUAUAUUCUUUUACUUUGGUUACAAACUAUAUAACUAUUGUUAUAAAAACUAUAAAAAUCAUAAUUCACACUGUUGUAUACAGAUCUUUAAUCAAUGUACUACCACUCGUAAGAAAAUGGUUGGAUCUAAUGUUACGAAUUCCAUUGAAUUGGAUGAAAUUUCGGAAGCUUCAGUUGAACCCGUUUAUGGGACAAUAAACAAAACAAACACGUAUAAAAGGAAUAUUGAUAAUAAUUGAACUUAACUUACUUAUCUUAGCUUAUUCUAAUUCUUAAUCGUUUAAUCUUAUCUUAAAAUGUUUCUAUUUCUUAUACUAAUGUACUUUAGUUCCUAGCUUAUACUAUUCCUUAAUUGUUUAAUUCUUUUGUUUAAAAUGUUCUUACUUAAGACUAUCUUUCUUAUAACGUUUAUCUUAAAUCUUAUAAUCUUAUAUUUUAUAAUCUUAAAUCUUAUACUUUACAUUGUUACAAGCAAAUCUCUGUCUUUUUGAUAACGUCGUACUUUUUUCUUAACUUCGCUUCAUCUCUUUACCAUAAAGCUCAGUUUUAAGGGGGGAGAUGUUAUAUCCUAAUUUAAUACUAAAGAAUUGCAACAUCGACAAUAUUCAUUUCCACAAGGAACUUCAACGUAAACAAAUUCAUUUUAAUAAAACUCUUUUGCAUCGAUACGAUAGUCAGUCAGCCUUUAACCGCGCGCGAAUAGAGUCGUCAGAAAUCAGAGAAUUGCUUCAUAUAAUUCUUUGUAUUUUCUAUAAUAAAGUGUUUUUAUCGUAGUUAAUUAAAAAGUGUUUUUUUUAAAAAAGACUGAUACCAGCCGCUCCUAAC